AGCCCCGCUCCUCCGCCGGCCCGCGCGGGUCCCGGCGGGCUCCAGCCCACCAUGCAGCUGCAGUUCCGGAGCUGGAUGCUGGCCGCGCUCACGCUGCUGGUGGUCUUCCUUAUCUUCGCAGACAUCUCCGAGAUCCAAGAAGAAAUCGGGAAUUCUGGAGGCAGAGGUACAAUCAGAUCAGCUGUGAACAGCUUACAUAGCAAAUCUAAUAGAGCUGAAGUUGUAAUAAAUGGCUCCUCUCCGCCAGCUGUUGUUGACAGAAGUAAUGAAAGCAGUAAGCACAACAUCCAGCCAGCCUCGUCCAAAUGGAGACACAACCAGACACUCUCUCUGAGGAUCAGGAAACAAAUUUUAAAGUUCCUGGAUGCUGAGAAGGAUAUUUCCGUCCUCAAGGGGACUCUGAAGCCCGGAGACAUAAUUCAUUACAUCUUUGACCGAGACAGCACGAUGAAUGUGUCCCAGAACCUCUACGAGCUCCUGCCCAGAACCUCACCCCUGAAGAAUAAGCAUUUCAGGACUUGUGCCAUCGUGGGCAACUCGGGGGUCCUGCUGAACAGUGGCUGCGGGCAGGAGAUCGAUAUGCACAGCUUUGUCAUAAGGUGCAACCUGGCUCCGGUGCAGGAGUAUGCCCGGGACGUAGGGCUCAAGACAGACCUAGUGACCAUGAACCCCUCGGUCAUCCAGCGGGCCUUCGAGGACCUGGUCAACGCCACCUGGCGGGAGAAGCUGCUGCAGCGGCUGCAAGGCCUGAAUGGCAGCAUCCUGUGGAUCCCCGCCUUCAUGGCUCGCGGAGGCAAGCAGCGCGUGGACUGGGUCAAUGAGCUCAUCCUGAAGCACCGCGUCAACGUGCGCACCGCCUACCCCUCGCUGCGCCUGCUGCACGCCGUUCGCGGAUACUGGCUGACCAACAAAGUCCACAUCAAAAGACCCACCACUGGCCUCCUGAUGUACACCCUAGCCACGCGAUUCUGCAAUCAGAUCUACCUCUAUGGCUUCUGGCCCUUUCCGCUGGAUCAGAACCAGAACCCUGUCAAGUACCACUACUAUGACAGCCUCAAGUACGGCUACACCUCCCAGGCCAGCCCCCACACCAUGCCCUUGGAGUUCAAAGCCCUCAAGAACCUGCAUGAGCAGGGGGCGUUGAAACUGACUGUCGGCCAGUGUGAUGGGGCCACGUAAGGUGGGCACCUCGUGGGACUCAGAGGCUCACAUUUCCUGCCAGCUACACCAUGGGCAGAUGGGAGUCGGGGUGGCACAAACAAUAGAACAAGCAGGCUAGUGGUUUUCUUUGUUACAGUGUAAAACAGUGACCAGAAUAUAUAUAUCUAUACCUGCAUAUAUAUAUUGACCUGAGUAUUUAUAGCUGUGUGGUGUUCAUCUAGCAUUAGGCAGAUAAGCCACAAGAAGAAGGCGUGGAGAACCCACCUGAACCAGAUUGAGAUUCAGUCCAUCUUUAGGACGGAAAGACUUGACAGGCAAAGAAGCCAGCUCCAUGGCUUUGGAUAACAACCAGCCCCCGGGGCUGGAGGGAUCCUUGGGCUCACGGAUGAGUGGAGAGCCACCUGUGGUCAGCUGCCCAAAGCCCUGGGAUAUGUGGACUCCAGGUGAUCAAGACCCGGAGCGGACACUUGGCUAGGUCUGCACAGGUGCUGUUGGAGGUUGGAGACUUUAGCUGGAGGAAGGAGCACAAAGAAGCUGAGGAAUCAAGGGCCACAGCAGAGCUGAGGGCCUCCUUCUGUGAACUUAGAGUUUGACUGCCCGAGUCACGGGUGACUCACAAGCCCCAGCCUUGUCCGCACAGCUGUAGAGAGAAGGCUAGACAAGAAGCAAUGGAUAAGCCGUAUCCUGGCUAAAGAAGAACCACCGAGAACCUUGGCAGGUGGAUAACCCUGAGGAGGCAGAGUGUUCUAAAUCAUGCCUUUUAGAACUGAGACCUCCUUUUGUGGGUUUGCUUCGCCCCAGCGCAAGGCAGAGGAGCAUACCAAGUAUGGCACACCCUCUGUGCCUGGUGCUCUCAAAGCUACUGAGACCAGCUGCGGGGGUGGCUUAGCCUCCAUCCUGCCCUCUCAGAAUGUCAGUGAAGGACUCUGCUGUCACCUCUGCCACCAGGGAAGGCACAACAAAAGCUUCAAAGGACACUGUCAAGAUAAAUGUCAUUCUCUUUAAAAUAGACACGAUUGCCUGUCUGGGUGUCCCCCAGCCAAAGCCCCAGAACGUGAAGCCUGAAAGAACAGGCACCGAGCUCCGGGUCUGGCAGCUACUUGCUUUAUUUGCUUUUUGUGUCCUGCACAUGGCAGCCCUCUGCAGCCAGACUGCUGUGUCACUGUCACUUUCUUGUCACUUUCACAUCCUGAUGGUCGCACUCUUCCUCGCAGAGGUCCAGUGCCCACUGCACAUCCACCCACCACCACCUCCCCAAGGAAGCAGUGAUUGUCGAAUUUUGCAAAAAUCCUUUUCUUCCCCUCUUAAGGUUCGUAUUUAAGACUACUACAGAAAUAAAAAGCCAAACACAGCUCCAAACACUGGACAUAAUCUCCUGGGAAAAUCUAGGCUCAAUGCCAGUACCUUGGGGGCUGGAAUCACAGGUCACAAAGAAAGAAGCAUUAGUCAGCUCUAUUUGUUAGAUGCAUUCCCUCGCCUGAUAAGUAACAGUCUUUUAAAACAGAUUUGAAAGAUAAGUAAAAAACCAUUUUCUUGAACGUGAAGAGAGUUAAGAAAAGUAUCAAGAUCUGCUCCUGAGUGUAUGAGACUGGACAUAAUUAAUCAACGGCAAUUCAGAACAGAAUGUUGGCUCUAAAUUAAUGUCUGAUGGGAAGUAAGAGGCGUCAAAUGCAAGGAAACCCAGAGCUGUCCACCACACACACGAAUGCCCCAGCCCGAGACCAGCAUGGAGAUAAAACAUCCCUGCAUUCUCCCCUUUGUUUUUGUUGUAUCUUGAAAUCUGAGACUUGGGAUUUGCAUUAUAAAAUGAAUUUUUAAAAGAGCAACAGUCCUAAUAGCCUCAGUGGGAACUGUGUAGCCCAGGCUCUUCAUGAACAUGGAAAUGAUUAGUAUCAUAUUUUAUUUGUCUCCCAAGCCUUUCCUCUGGAGAAGCUGAAAGGUCCUGGAUGACAAUUUCCAAAGCUUGCAGCACUCUGGGGAGUAGAUGAAAUGAUCAGCAAAACCUUGGUGGUCUAGCCAAGACCUUGGAUUCCAGAAUGUUCUGUGGUGAGAUCUGAGGCGAGCCCUGAGGUCAGGGCUUGGAGUUGGGCCUGAGCUCUGUCUUCCAGGCAGCACCCUGUCCAUUCAGGAAAGUUAGAGACCAAUACAGCAGAGAACUUGGUCUCUGGAAGGUUGUAAAGUGCCUCCAGGUCCCUCCAGAAGAAAGCAGGAGGCCCAGGACACCCAUACCUGCCUAUCCCCUACCUUAGCAAGUCCCGCACUGCCAAUUCCCUGGGCGUUAUGGUAGCGGGAGCUCUGGGGUCUUGGUUCCUCUUUCUGCACCUGAGCAGGUACAACCAGGAGACAACCUCCCUUCCCUCCCAAGUUAGAGUGCCCUUCAAGCCAGGUUCCCAGGGAGACAACCCACACCCAUCACUGAUCUACCACCUUACCCGCCUCCCCUCACAACUGUGGGCAAGCAUCUGUCGGCCUCAGCCUGCCCUCACUGCUGAAGCUGCCCAGCAAAUCUCUAGUCUGCCCACCAUUGCCCACCAGAAGCCCCGCAGACCCAUCUCCAUUUGCCUCAAGCCCCCCACAGAUCCCACCUUCAACCUCCUCCCUCAUUAAAGAGAUAGAGCCAUCUGAAAUGAGGGUUCUCCUCAAGACCUCUCAGCCCCUGUCUUCCCCCUUCCUCUUCUACUUCCUCCUCCCAUUUCUGAGGAAAUGAGUUGCUUCCCUGGGCCAGCUAUCCUUAGCCCCUCUCUGCCACCUCUGAUGCUGUUCUCCAGCUGAUGUUUACUGUGCCCAGCCUGGCUCUCAUGGCCUCAUCACUCACCUCCCAGUGUCCAGGCCUGGGCAGGGUGUCCAGUCCCUCCUGCUGCCUUUUCUUCUGACCACACCAUGGCCUCCAUGCCUUGCCUGUUCCUGGGACCUGCGCUGCCUGCCCUCCAUCUUGUCUGUUCAAACAGCCCCUUACUGAGGAACUACAGGGACUCCUGGAUACCCCUGGCCCUCCUCACAGGGGCAAUGUCUUCCCUGGGUUUCCCUUUCCUUCCCAGCCCCUUUUGGUCACUUAUUUAUAUAUUUAUUUAUGUAUUUAUACAUUAUUUAUGGCAACACCUACCCUGAUCUCAGAGCUGAGGCAGGUCUGCCCAUUGUCUCCCUCUCGUGCCCCACAGUGUCCACACUUUGCACUCGGGUCCUCCCCUGGGGCCCCUACACCUUCCAUCAGCAAGCUCAUGCCUUCAUUUAGAUCCCACAGCCACCUCUCUAGGAGAACUCUCCGCUCCUCUCUGUGGCCAGUCCUGUCCACAGCUCAGAUGUCACACCGCAUGUCAGCCACUCUCUCUCUCUGUUCCAGCGGCAGCACCACAAACUGAACACCUCUGAUGCCAAGAGCACCUCUGUCUCCCCUUCCCCUGAAACCUCCCUUUUAUUCUGCUGGAGACCCACGAUCCCCUCAACCAAGCAACCUGAGAUCCUGCCGUCGUCUUCCUCUAUUGUUUCUCCCCGCUGGCCCCAGCCUCACCUCUUUACGUGUCCCCGGGGCCACUGUUAGUGGCAGCCUCCUCUCCCACAUUUCCUCUGCACGCUUCCACGUCCUCCAGCCCUCCUGAGCAUGCACAGUGAGGUAUCUCUCCUGCUCUCCCAUCAACUUUCAAGGUCCUCCUGACACCCAAGUCAAUGGCAGGUGUUUAACCCAACACGACACCGCACCCAGUAAGGUCCCAUUCUUUCUUUACACUUGCACCAGCCGAUCUAGCAGAGUCGCCAGUCCCAGAAGGAGCACCCGUCCGUGUUUCCUCUCUCUGUGCCUUUGGUCUUCACGUUCUCAUCCUCUGGAUCACUCUUGAAUUUCUUCCAAGGCCCACACAGAGACCAUGUCUUUCAUGAAGCCCUCCCUGACCCACUGACCGCCGAGUCUCUCCCUCCGCUGAACCACCGUAGCACUUUAUUUGUACCUUUCUCAUGGCACUUACCCUAUUCUGCCUUGUAUUAUAGUUAUUCAUGCCCUUGUCCUCUGACUUCCUAGACUGUAAGCUCACCACGGGCAGGGGCUGUUUUAUUCACCCACAUCCAUCACCACACUAGGCGUGGUGCA